UCAGAUUCCUGAACGAGUAACGGAACCGGGCAGCGCCGGCUGUUUGCCAGAAAGUUGUUUUAUGUAGCACAUAUGACUAAAUGUAGAGACUGAAGAGGAGAUCCUUGGUGUAUUGUUUGAAAGGAAGUGGGUUAGCCGUUAACUUGAAACCUGAACUUCUUUUUACUGUGCGUCAUGAUUUCCAAACGCAGGCCGCCGCUGAGUGACAGAGGAGAAGUUUUCCCCGUUACCCUCGAUGAAACAAACUUGAGUUGAUUGGAGACGGAAUAACACAGGGAAUAAAGACAUGAAUUUCGGCGUCCCCGCCAAUUCGCUGCUACUUUUACGUGCCUGCGAUGAGGGGGACUACGAAACGGCCCGUGGCAUCCUGGAGCCCGGAGCCCCGAAAGAGUCCGGACGGCAGAGCAGGCUGCGGUCAGAAGCGGGUUCGGAGUGUGACACCGCGGACAUGUUGGCUCUGGUCCCGGUGGACUGCACGGACGAAGAGGGAAACACGGCCCUGCAAUUCGCCUCCGCCAGCGGCCACGAGAACCUGGUCCGGUUCUUGCUCAGAAAGGGGGCCUCAGUGGACAGCCGCAACAACUACGGCUGGACCCCGCUGAUGCAGGCUGCUAGGUUUGGCCACUUGACUGUUGCUCACAUUCUCUUGGAGAACGGGGCAGAGAUCAAUGGACGCAACAGGCUUGGAGCAAGUGUCCUGACUAUGGCAGCUCGUGGGGGGCACGCUCAUGUAGUCAAGCUGCUUCUGGAGAGUGGGGCCUAUGUAGAUGACUUCGAUCACCUGGCUGUUGCUGCAGAGGUGGUCUCUAAUGGCAACAACAACAACAGCUGCAGUGGAGCUGGUUUUGGACCUGGUGAAGGCUGUCUGGGAGGAGGAGGAGGUGGCAGAGAAUUCAUGGACAUCACAGCGCUGAUGGUGGCGUCUCAGCAUGGUCACGAGGCCACUGUACGCCUGCUGCUAGAGUGGGGCUCUGAUGUAAACUUUUCCCAGAAGACCACUGGCUGGGGGCCACUGAUGCUGUCCACUCUGAGUGGGAAGGUGGCUGCGGCUCAGCAGCUGGUGGAACGUGGAGCUGACCCAGACCGAAUCAACGUUCUCUCCAAGACGGCCUUUGAACUGGCCAUGCAGCUGAAACAGAGAGACAUCAAGGCCUAUUUGGACUCAAUCACUACUGUCAGACCACAGACAGAUGAUGAGAGAAGAAGGCCAGAUGUGUUCAGCGCUCUCAAAUUAGGAAAUUCACAGCUGGUCAAAGAGAUCCUAGAGGAGGAUCCUGCUCAGGUGAAUUUGUCCAAUCAGGAGGGAGCGACGCCUCUCAUGAUGGCAGCGGUGAGCGGCCAGUUAGAGGUGGUUCAGCUGAUGGUGGAGAAGAAUGCCGACAUAGAUAAACAAGACGGUGUCCAUGGGUGGACCGCUUUAAUGCAGGCCACCUACCACGGCAAUAAAGACAUCGUCAAGUACCUGUUGAGUCAAGGGGCCGAUGUCAACCUCCGAGCUAAGAAUGGAUACACAGCCUUUGAUUUGGUUAUGCUGCUCAAUGAUCCAGACACUGAGCUGGUACGCCUGUUAGCAUCUGUGUGUAUGCAAGUAGACAAAGAUAAGUCAAAACACCGCGGCAGAACUUUAAUGACGCGCUCCAAGAGUCGACAGUCCCUCAACAACGUCCCGGUGCCACCUGAUGACAAAGGAGGCCUUAAGUCCUGGUGGAGUAGGAUGUCGAAUCGCUUUCGUCGGCUUAAGUUGACUCACACCCUGAGGCACGGCCUUUCGUCCAAUCGCCUGGCUCCAUUUCCAGAUGAUGCUGAAAGUUUGGAUGCCACAAUGAAGGCCAAUAGGAAGUCCACUGCUGUGUCUAAUGGUGGGGCGGUGGCACCUACACCUGCUCUAGCAGGGAGUGACACGAGCACCACCUGGGCAGUCAAGACCAAAGAUGCUGCAGGUCACUGCAGAGCGUCCUCAGAGAAGGAUGACUUUCUAAUAACCACAAUGUUGAGAAGUGGUGCCCCCUUGACUCGGCUGCCAAACGACAAGCUGAAAGCAGUGAUUCCUCCUUUCUUGCCACCCUCCAACUUCGAGCCGUGGAACUCGGACCGCUCACGCCUCCUCAGGGAGGGGAAGAGCGAAGCGCCACGCUUGCCCAUGCCACCACAGAGGAAGCUUAACAGCAGUGGAAACUCUGAUAUUACAUCCAUCAGUCGUGUGGUCAGCAGGUCCAUUAAAUUUCCCAGCAUCCCCAAGGGGCCAUCCUCAUCCUCUCCUUCGAACUCUGGUCACUAUCACUCCCCUCACUCGUCUGGAGGCUCAAAUGGAGUCGCGGGGCUCAACAGGGACUCCCACAACCGUUCAGGGGGCAGUGCAGACAGCGUUCUCUCCCAGAUAGCAGCCCAACGUAAAAGAGCAGCUGGCCUUAUAGAAGUAAAGGCUCAAGCCCCAGAGAAACAGCACAGCCAGACCCCGAGUCAAGCCCCACCACCGGUUUCAGCACCUGGUCUGCCCCUGCCUGAUAUCAGCCUUCCUGACAUUCACUCCCAUCCCAGCCUCGUUGCCUCCGACAUCCAUUCCAGAAAGAAGAUGGAGUUGAAAAAGAGACCUCAGUCAGGAAAUUCCUCUACUUCCAAGAGCACAUCGCCCACCCUAACACCUUCUCCUUCCCCAACACCCAAGAUUCCCCCCAUACCAGGAGACUCUCUGUCCUCAGCAUCAUCUCAUCCACGCUCUAAGAGCAGCGGAGGUUCCAGCAGUGGAACCAUCACAGAUGAAGAUGAGCUGUCUAGUAUUUUGAAGAAACUGUCCCUUGAGAAAUACCAGCCUAUAUUUGAGGAACAAGAGGUGGAUAUGGAAGCAUUCCUGACUUUAACAGACGGAGACCUGAAGGAGCUGGGCAUUAAAACAGACGGACCCAGACAGCAGAUCUUGGCUGCCAUAUCAGAGCUCAAUGCUGGAAAGGGCCGAGAGAGGCAGAUCCUUCAAGAGACCAUCCAUAACUUCCAGUCUUCUUUUGGUAGCAGUGCUAGUAACCCCAGGCAACCAGGACAAUCACGCUCUCCAACAAGCUGGAUGAGACACCAGGUUCGUUCCGCCAGCAAAAGGUAACCCCCACGGACCUGAUGCACAUGAGGAAGCACACCAAAGGUACUUAGAGUAAGAGUAAAAUGCUGCUGACAUCCGAGAAAGAUGCGAGCGACAUGGAGUCUUCUAGGUGGACGACUUCUUGACCACCAGACGUCUUAGUGCAAGGGGACCCUGCAGCAAAAAGGCCAAUCAGGUCCUGAUAAACUGCCUGCGUUGGACCCUCCUGGACCAAACUGCCUUCAUUUUUUCCUCUUAUGGAUUAUAAAGCAGGGGAGAUGUAACAGGGCUGGCUGGGUUCAGUGCCCUGCUGCUUUUAACAAGCACAUGAUGUUUGGCAAAUAAGGUGAGGCAGUAUGUGAUGUUCACGGUACGGUGACGUCAGUAAAGUGCAUUACACAGGCGUUAAUAUCAGGGGCAAUGAAUGUUAAAGGUAAUGAAAGAGAAAUUGUUUAUUUCUUUUAUUGAACAAAGGCUUUAUUGAAAGUAGAACUUAUGUUUUAAAUGCUAAAGAAAUUAUGAGCAAAAGUAAUCCUCUUUAGAAAUAGAUAAAACUUUCUGUGUGUGGCCGAAGCUUUUGAGUCUGGCAGGUAGUUGAGGUAGAAAGGAGAUGCACCUGUGCAGGUGAGAUUCUCUGUCUUGUUGCUUUUUUAUAAUACUGUGGAUACCUUUUAAAACCCACUGCCACCUUAAAGGCGAAAUAUAUUUUUUGGUCUUUGUAAUGCAGCAGCCGGCUAUAUUGCUAAAGCAGCAGCUGGGUUAAGCAGAGAGCUGGGAUAGUGAAAGGCGAGGUUAGAAACACAGCAGCGGGAGUGAGUUUGAGCCAUGAGAGACUUUUAUUUUAUCUCAACGAAUGUGAGAGGUGCAGCAGUUGUAUUGUAAAUGUGGCAGGUGAAGUUCGAGAAGAAAGAACAGCUGUUAUGAGUCUAACACUUGACUGGCUGAGAAGGUGCACUGAUGAGGAGCGCUAAUAGAGAAGUGAAAGUGGAAAGGAACUAUUUUUAGUCAGCCAGUCCCUGGGACUGCUUUUACCAGAUUAUGUGUUGAAUUUACAAACCACUAUAUACACAAAUGACUUUAAUAGAGACUGUGCUGUCAUGAAUAAAAAAAACAUUAUGAUGAUGUAACAACAACAUGUGUAUAUAUAUAUAUUUUUUUACUCUUUAAUGCUUUAUUGGAUUUGAGAUGAGAAAACUUUGGCAAAAAUAUUUUGGGAACAUUUUAUGAGGAGUAUAAAUUUAGUUUAAGUAAGGUACAUUGAGCAACAGUUUCCACUGAGCCUGCUCCCUUCAUCCCUCCGGCUCCAUCAUGAAACACGGAGAGACAGACGGACUGCUGCAACAUUCCUAAAUAUCAGGUAUUCCAAGUCUUAAAUCCAAAUGAUGGGCUGUGGUACUGUUCAGGAUCGGUCGCUUAAUGUGAGAUGACACUGAUGUAAUAUCCUGUUUAGUCAUGCUCUGAGUCUAGGAAAUAUAAAUUGGAGGAUGAAUAGCAACAAAUUGAAUAAAAAUGAGUGUCCAAAAUGAAAUAAGAACAGAAUACAAAUUGUAUUCUUUGGUGCUUCGGUUUAAUAACUGGAAACCAGGUUUCAGGUCAAACUUUGCUCGUUUAAGAAUUUUAAACAACCAAUGUAAAACCAUCUUCCAUCCACAAGGUGGCAGCAACAUCCAGUUGAUGCAAUAAGUUAUACCUGUUAUAAUACUUGUCAUGUUUUCCUCCACAGAUUUUGGUCUGUGCUUUUUAAAUGAGACACAUUAAAGCUAAAUUUAACCCCAUUCAUGCUCGUAAAAAGUAUUUUACAGUGGCUAAUGUUUUUGAAGCCAAGGAGUCCAGUUGUGCGUAUAUCUGAAUCAAAAACUGAAACUUAAUAUGAAAUAUAAAAUAUUACGCUACUGUAAUCAUUUGUGUUUGAUAUAAUUUUUCCACAGCAAAAUUUAAAUAAAGCAUUCAGAUAUAGCCAAAGAACAAAAAAGAGGAAAAAGAAGCAAGUAUGUUUUUCAUUUCUAAACUUUAGCCUCUGCAGGUGAGAUUAAUUUCAUGGACAAGUACAUUGUCAGUGCACAUGCACCGGAGGUUUCACGUUUCCACAUCACAACUGUGUAAAAAGUCUCCCUUUAUCAGACAAA